GAGAGAUGCGAGGGUGCUCUGCAAGAGAGGGCAGCCAUGGCAGGAGAGCAGCAGAGGCAGCACCCAAGCCACAGGGGCCGGGGCUGGAGCAGGGAGCUGUGAGCAGAAGGGCUCACACACUUACCCUUGUCCCUGAGGAGGAGAAGGUGGCCAGGCGAGUGCUUGGUCCAGUGUGGCCCAGGCAGGGCUUUUAUAGCAGCCCCAGCAUUGCUCAGCUCCAUCCAGGCCAAUCUGCACAGUGGACACUCCCUGGUGCUGCUGCUGCUGACACCAGGGUAUUGCAGCCCCUACCCCUUCCUGAGUCAGCAUCCCCCUGGUCCCGCCCCAGCACAUCCUGCUGCCCAAGCCAUCUUGUCCUUCCUGCCACAUCAGAUACUUGAUUGCUGGGAUGGCACCCAGGAAUUUGGCUGCAUGGGCACAUCUGAGGGCUUCGUGGCCUUCGGUAGGGCUGAAAUAUCCCUGAGUAGAGUUCCGCUUUUUGGGGCGUUUCUAAUUCUUGAGCCCUGUAUGUCAAGCCUGGCAUGGGGACCCUGUGUUCCCUGUGUCACAGAGCUCCCUGGCAGUGCCUGGGGACCAGAUGGAGUCCAGCUCUGCAGCGCUGGCCAGUGCUGGAUGCUGUUGAGCAGGCAGGGGCACAUAGGAUGUGCGUUUCUUUAGGUGUUGGUUCAGGUCUGCCCUCUGCCCAUCAGAAACAGCCGGUGGCACACGCCAGACACCUCCUGGAGCUGCUGUGGCCCAGGAAGUGGCACUGGCAGCAUCCCAGCUGGAUAAUUGCAGGAGCUGAUGGUGCAGCUUGAGGCUGGCCAUGAAAUGCAGGAGUCAGCAGAAGGGCCCCGUGGCAGCAGGGCUGAGGCCGGGCCUUGUCCCGCACACGUGCACCCAGCAUGGGCAGCUCCUGCCCCACCUCUGCAGCCACCCAUAAAAGCGCUGUCCUGGCCCAGGGCUGCAUCCACUGCUGCGGCCUCGCUCUGCUCAGCCCAAGGCCAGCCUCAUCUCUGUCACGCCAAGAUGUCCUGCUACGAUGUGUGUCCCCCCAGGAGCAGCUACGAGCUGUGCACCCCCAAAACCAGCGUGGCUGUGCCCCAGCCCAUCGCUGAGAGCUGCAACGAGCUGUGUGCCCGCCAGUGCCCCGACUCCUCGGCCUUGAUCCAGCCGCCCCCCGUGGUGGUCACCUUCCCCGGCCCCAUCCUCACCUCCUUCCCCCCAGCAAGCCGUGGUGGGCUCCUCCGGAGCACCGGCCUUUGGCGGCUCCCUGGGGCUGGGCGGCCUCUACGGCGCCGGCGCCACCCAGGCCUCGGCUGGCCUCUGCACCUUUGGCAGAGCCUGCGCUGCUCCCGCCUACAGCCCUUGCGCCCUGCCCCGCUACAGCAAGAAGCUCUGGGACACCUGCGGGCCCUGCUAGAGCCACCACAGCCCAGCCCAAACGCGUGCGGCCGCCUCAGCCCAGCACAGAGAAGUUGAGCUCUGCACAAGCUGCCCUGGCCUCCUGCAGCCCGUGACACCCGGCCUGUCUGGGGCUUUUCCACCAUCCCUCUCCUGGCCUCUCCUUUCCCUCCUGGUACAAUAAAGUUUUCCUGCAUCC